AUGUUCAACACAUAUUGUUCUCCUUCGAACAUUUUAUUCGUCUUUUUUUUAUUAUUAUUAUUCCAAAAUCAUCAUCAUAUCAAUUGUCAAGACGCACCUUCUUCACUACAAAUUGAUUUAACACAAUUGAAUAUUUUAUCUCGUAUAACUGUCGCGGGACAAUGUUGUGAUGGAACAAUUUACAUGGGAACUUGUUCCACAUCUACAUGUAAUCUAUAUAUGAUUAUUUGUUUAGAUUUUGUCUACAGCGGUUUACAAACUAAUUGGACGUAUUGUCCAUUAGGAUCACGAUCAUUUCGAACUAUGAUAAAUAAUACCGGUCUUGUAAAUUUUCAUUCGCUCACUGAUGUGGCACCAUUUCUACCAUUUCAAUUUCCUUUAAUAUCUAUACCUGAUAAUACUAUGGUUAUCAAAUUCUUUGUCUUUUAUGAUUAUAUACGCAUUGGAAAUCUUUCAUUAAUCAAUCAAAAUACAUUAUUAAGUCGUUUCUAUACCACAUUCCGAACAGAUGCGUCAUCUCCAUCGUCAACUUCAGGUACAUUUCUUACUACAGUUCUCUACGAUGUUGCACAGAAUGGAACACAAUUGAAUAGCUUGGCUAUUGGAAUGAAAAGUUAUUGUCAAGCGACAUACUAUGGCCCUUCAUGUUCAAUUAGAUGUAUUCCAAAUGAUGAUUGUACCAGUUCUUAUUCAUGUAAUGCAAGUACAGGGAUGAAAGUUUGUUCACCGGGCUGGAUUGGAACAGAGUGUGCAGUACGAGAUUCAUCGUAUGUUCAGUCGGGUUGUACAUCAGCUGCAUUAACGUGUAAUAAUGGUGGUUUUUGUCGAGUGUUUAACAGUACGAAUCAAGCAACAUGCUGUUGUGCGAAUGGUUUUACUGGUUUUAAUUGUCAAUAUUUAUCAACAUGUACACCCAACAUAAACUGUUUUAAUGGUGGCGUAUGUACUGCUGCGUAUGAUCCAGUUUUGCGUACAUCUUAUUAUGUAUGCACCUGUGCAACUGGAUAUUCAGGAUUAUAUUGUCAACAAAGUCAACAAUGUCCUACUGGGUUAUAUGGGCCAAACUGUACUGUUCAAUGUUAUGCACCUAAUUCUUGUAGCGCUGGUCAUUUCACAUGUAAUUCGAAUGGCGUUCCGACAUGUUUGUCGAAUUGGUAUCCAGAAAAUAGCUGUCUGUCGAAAAAUCUUUCAUCUUAUAUUGAUCCGGAAUGUCCUGAUGUAUUGGGAUGUCGUAACGGUGGUUCAUGUUUCAACGGGUCAUGUUGUUGUCCAUCAGCGUAUACUGGUCGUUUGUGUGAAACAUCAAUCAGUGCAUGUUCAAGCAAUCCUUGUCGAAAUAAUGGUUUUUGCGUAGCGUUAACCACAGGAUUCCAAUGUCAAUGUUCCAAUUCUUACACAGGUGUCUACUGUGAAACCACACUAAAUCCGUGUAAUUAUUCACCAUGUCGAAAUGGAGGUCAAUGUUAUGCAUUAGCAAACAACUCAUUCUACUGUGUAUGUCCAACAGGUUUUACGGGCCAGCUAUGCGACACUCAAAAUGAUUACUGUCGAUCACAACCGUGUGCAAACAAUGGAGUCUGUAUCAGCACAUCAACUGGUUUUUCAUGCAUCUGUCCAUCUACUUAUACGGGUCUCACGUGUGCAAUUGCACUUAAUCCGUGUCUUUCCCAACCAUGCGUCGCAAAUAAUACAUUGAGUUGUGUCAAUAAUAACAAUUUAACGUAUACGUGCAGUUGUCGAACUGGCUUUUCAGGUUCCACUUGUGCACAAACCGCCACUUCUUGCCUGUCCGUGACAACGCCAUGCCGAAAUGGUGGCACGUGUAUAAACACAGUAAAUGGUUACGUUUGCCAAUGUGAUGGAAGAUAUCAAGGAAGUGACUGUAGUAUUCCUAUUGACCCGUGUUUAAGCAGUCCAUGUGUCGCAUCUGGUUCAGUAUCAUGUCAAUUAGUAUACAAUGGUACGAGUUACGCUUACAGUUGUACAUGCCAACCAGGCCAUACAGGAUCACGUUGUGAAACUGUCCUAAGUCCGUGUGAUAGUGGACCAUGCUCAUUUGGUACAUGUGUGGCAUCAGUGAAUAUGUGGACAUGUGCAUGUGAACCGGGUUGGACUGGUUUGCAAUGUAAAGACGGUAUCAAUGAGUGUGCAUCAAAUCCAUGUUUAAAUGCGGGUGUAUGCAUUGACGGUAUUAACCAGUAUCGUUGUAUCUGUUUAACUGGUUAUACGGGUACAAAUUGUGAAGUGUCCUUGAACGGAUGUUCAAGCGUGCCCUGCCAAAAUAAUGGUACAUGCGUGAAUAACGUGGUCUCUUUGGGAUGUAUAUGUCCUCCCGGUUGGACGGGAACAUACUGUGACAUAGAUAUAAAUGAAUGUCUUACCGCUUCUAUUUGCGGCCCAAAUGCAACGUGUAUAAAUACCAUUGGUUCAUACAGAUGUAUUUGUCCAACGUGGUUAACUGGCGCUAAUUGUUAUACACAGAUUGAUUUGUGUUCGAGUAAUCCAUGUCGAAAUAAUGGUGUUUGUGUUUAUAACUAUGGUGGAAGUCUGGUAUGCCGUUGUCAAGUUGGCUUUACCGGUAUAUUCUGUGAGAUCAACAUCGAUGAUUGUCAGUCGGCCCCCUGUCUGAAUAAUGGAACAUGUGUGGAUCAAAUCAAUAGUUUCAUCUGUAUCUGUCCAUCAGGUUAUACUGGUAUGCGAUGUGAAUCCGUCAUUAGUCAAUGCCUUAGUUUACCCUGUUUAAACGGUGGCACGUGUCGCGAUUCAUACACAACAAGUGGCGUAGGUUAUCUUUGUAUUUGUCCAUCAUUGUAUACGGGUUUACGUUGUGAACAAACUCUCAGUCCAUGUUCAAGUUAUCCCUGUGUUUAUGGAACUUGUACUACGAGUGUUGCCACAGGUUCAACUUAUUUGUGUGUAUGUAUGAAUGGUUAUACAGGGCUAAGAUGCGACACCCCAAUGAAUCAAUGCUCGCCGUCACCAUGUGGUCCGAAUAGCACUUGUAUCAGUUUAGGAUCGAAUUAUACAUGUUGCUGUGGCACAGGUUAUACAGGUACUCAGUGUAUGCAAAUGAUGGACUUAUGCUCCACGAAUCCAUGUUCAACUACCGGCGCUCAACAGUGUGUGCAAACAACAGCUGGAUUAUUUACAUGCUUGUGUAAAUCAGGUUAUACAGGUCGUUAUUGCGAAGUUAAUAUCAAUGAAUGUGCGUCGCAACCAUGCAUCAAUGGUGGAACAUGUGUGGACUUAGUCAAUGGAUAUCAGUGUGUAUGUCCAGCUGUUUACAGUGGAAAUAACUGUGGACGUGUAAUGGAUCAAUGUACAGGCUUCGAGUGUUUAAAUGGUGGUAAAUGUAUACGAAAUGGAACAACAUUAACGUGUCUAUGUGCACAAGGAUAUCAAGGAGUUAAUUGUGAAUUGAUUGUUGACUAUUGUCAAUCACAACCGUGUCAAAACGGAGGUUUCUGUUCGAAUACUAAUCUUGGUUUUCAGUGUUCCUGCUUGACUGGUAUUACUGGUCAAUUCUGUGAAACAAUCAUCAAUCAAUGUCAAUCACAACCAUGUCGAAAUAAUGGAACAUGUAAAUCACUAGUUAAUCAAUAUGUUUGCCAGUGUCCAAGUGGUUUGAUGGGUACUCAAUGCGAAACGGAACGUAAUGAAUGUGAACCAGUCAAUCCAUGUCUCAACUCUGGACGAUGUAUCGAUCAUUUCAAUAAUUUCUCCUGCGUUUGCGCUCCGGGUUUUACUGGUUACUAUUGUGAAACUCAAAUUGAUUAUUGUCAAUCAAAUCCUUGCUUCAACGGUGGUUUAUGUCGAACUCUAAUCAAUGGAUACAAAUGCGAUUGUCCACAGGGUUACAACGGAACAACAUGUUCAACAGCGAUCAAUUAUUGUCUAAGUAAUCCAUGUUCAAACAAUGGUUUAUGCAUAUCACUUGUUAAUGGCUAUCGUUGCGCUUGUCUUGACGAUUACAUUGGUUUACGAUGUGAAAAUAAAUCCAAUGAAUGUUCAUCGAAUCCGUGUCUAAAUAAUGGAACAUGUAUUGAUGGAAUUUGGAAUUAUAAAUGCCAGUGUAUACCUGGUUAUACCGGAUCGAAUUGUCAUUUAUUGAUGGACUAUUGCUCGAGUUCGCCAUGUAUCAAUGGUUUUUGUCAAAAUCGAUUGAAUGGUUAUGAUUGCAUAUGUUCAUCAUCGUCUUAUACAGGUGUUCAUUGCGAAAUUCAAAUUAAUAAAUGUGCUUCCAAUCCUUGUCAUUCGAAUGCUACUUGUAUUGAUGGACUGGAGCGUUAUAUUUGUUUAUGUCCGCCAUGGUUUUCAGGAGUGACUUGCUCUGAACAAAUCAAUCCAUGUUCAAGUUCAACAGCAUGUGCCAAUAAUGCCACUUGUUUAGUUAAUUAUGACGUUAAACCUCAAGGUUAUACAUGUGGAUGUUUACCAGGUUAUACAGGUUCCAUGUGUGAAAUUGAUAUCGAUGAUUGUGUGACACAACCGUGUAGACGUGGACGAUGUGUUGAUCGAGUCAAUGGAUUUAUUUGUACUUGUUAUUCAGGAAGUGAAGGAGUAUUGUGUGAUAAUGAUGUCAACUUUUGUCUAAGCUUACCAUGUCAAAAUAACGGUUCAUGUUUGUCGUUAACCAAUGCUUACCAAUGUAUAUGUACAAGUGGCUUUCAAGGAACGAAUUGCGAACAAAAUAUUGCUCAGCCUUGUUCAAGUAGUCCUUGCUUAAACAAUGGUACAUGCACUAUUGUGACCAGUGCUGGUUUUCAAUGUUCCUGUCCAUAUGGUUAUACAGGUCCUCGCUGUGAAUUGACUAUCAAUGCUUGUGCAUCAAAUCCAUGUCGAUUUGGUACAUGUCGACAAGUUGCUCCGGGCUAUUAUUAUUGUUUUUGCACUCCUGGCUACACAGGCUUCAAUUGUCAAACAGAUAUCAAUGAAUGUGCAAGUUCGCCUUGCUUAAACAAUGGUACAUGUAUGGAUAUGAUCAAUGCAUUUACUUGUACUUGUCCCAAUGGAUAUACAGGAAUUCAAUGUCAAGAUGGCGGUUAUCAGUGCAGUUCAGGUCCGUGUCUUAAUAAUGGCACGUGUGCUAUUACGAGUACUGGUUAUCGAUGCACAUGUAUAGCCGGUCUCACAGGCAAUCGUUGUGAAAUUGAUAUUAAUGAAUGUGCAUCAGCACCAUGUCAGAAUGCUGGUAUUUGUCUACAGCCGACAUUAAAUCGCUAUCAAUGUCUUUGUCCCACUGGAUAUUCCGGUACCAACUGUGAGUCAAUGCUCGAUCCGUGCUUGUCCGUCACUUGUUUCAAUAACGGCACAUGUACUCGAACAAGUUCAUCAACAGGUAUCUGUGUAUGCUCAUCCGGCUACACAGGUACUGCAUGUCAAAAUACCAUCAGCUUCUGUUCGACUUCGCCGUGUGUGAAUGGCACAUGUAUCUCAUCAAGCAAUUCCUAUCAAUGUUAUUGUUUUCCCGGUUAUACUGGUCAACGUUGCGAUUCACCUAUCAAUCCAUGUACAUCAAGUCCUUGUUUGAAUAACGCUACAUGUAUCAAUCAAAUUAGUUCAUACGCAUGUCAAUGUCCUUACGGAUUUCAAGGAACAACAUGUGCCGUACGUGUGCAAGCAUGUCAAUCAUCUCCUUGUUUAAAUGGUGGAACAUGCAAUGAUAUUGGUCCUGGCUUAUUAAAUUGUUCGUGUCUAUCGUCUUAUCGGGGCGUAUUUUGUCAAUUGAGAGAUCAAUUCUGCUCACAAACACCUUGUCAAAACAAUGGUGUUUGUAUUGAAGCCUUAAAUGGUUAUCAAUGUGUUUGUCAACAAGGUUACACAGGUGUCAAUUGUUCGACUAUUAUUCAACCGUGUUUAUCAAGUCCAUGUUUAAAUAAUGGCACGUGUGCAGCAAUACUGAAUGGUCUUAGUUAUCAAUGUUCAUGUCCGCUUGGCUACGGUGGUCUUCGUUGUGAAUCAAAUACCAACUGGUGUUCGUCGAAUCCAUGUUUGAAUCAAGGAACUUGUAUUUCACAAACAACAUCAUUUACUUGCAACUGUCUAUCAAUCUACACAGGCAUUAUUUGUCAAACACUGAUUAGUAAUUGCUCAUCAUUAACUUGUGGCAACGGUGUACCUAUUGUAUCGAGUCCAACGAAUUGUACAUGUCAAUGUUCCAGCGGUUACACAGGAUAUCUUUGUCAAACACCUAUCAAUCUGUGUUCGACAACGAUAGGAAAUAGUUCAUAUUGUGUUCGUGGUACAUGUAACUAUCUUGGUGCUGGCUUAGCUAAUUGUACAUGUCCGAACGGCUACAGUGGGCUUCGUUGUGAUACACGUAUAUCUAAUGGUGCUUGCGGAUCAUGCCCUUGUCUAUACGGACAGUGUCGAACAAAUGAUACAACCAAUAGUUAUACAUGUGAUUGUUAUCAAGGCUAUACUGGCAUACGUUGUGACACGCCAAUUAAUCCAUGCUCCCCGUCGCCUUGCAUUUAUGGUCAGUGUAUAUUAGAUGGUACUACUGGGUACCGUUGUAUAUGUCUUACUGGUGCCACUGGUCCGAAUUGUACUUUGAUCAAUAAUGUAUGUUCAUCUCAACCAUGUAAAAAUCUUGGCACAUGUGUCGCACAAGGUAAUUCAUCAUAUAUAUGUGUAUGUCCAACUGGAUUUAAUGGCACUAACUGCGAAACUGGCGUUAGUGUAUGUUUAAGUAAACCCUGUCUGAACGGAGGAACAUGUCUCGAACCAACGUCAAACUAUUAUAUCUGCCAAUGCCCAUGGCCAUUCUAUGGCGUUAAUUGUCAGCUAGCGUGCGAUCCUUGUGUGAGUUAUCCAUGUCGUGGACCAUUAUCACAAUGCAUAUCAUCACCGAUCUAUUUCAACUAUACGUGUGUUUGUGCCGCUGGUUACAAUGGUACAACGUGCGCUACAGUCUAUGAUCCUUGUCAAUCGUGUCCAUGUCGGAAUGGUGGAUCUUGUGUGCGAACAGGUCCAACAACAUACACAUGUGCUUGUCCUGCAGGAUACAAUGGCAGCUAUUGUGAAACACAACUCAAUCCGUGUUCUUGCUAUCCAUGUGCUAUUGGUACAUCAUUAGUAACAUCACCAAUCACAUGCCAAUGUCAAUGUCCGUAUCCAUAUACAGGUGCUCUAUGUCAAAUAAAUGUCUGUCAAAAUAAUCCAUGUCUAAUUGGUACUUGUAUUGCGAGUGGAAAUUAUUCCUAUACAUGUACGUGUCCAGCUGGAUUUCAAUACAUCAUGGGAGUAUGUGCGGAUAUUAAUGAAUGUACAACGAUACCAGGCAUUUGUGCUAACGGUGGACGAUGUAUAAACUCAUAUGGAUCAUAUCUGUGUUUUUGCAAUUCGGGUUUCUACGGAAACAAUUGUGAAACAUAUGAUCCGUGCCGAUCCUUUCCUUGUAUCAAUAAUGGUACUUGUGUAUCUAUUGGAAGCUAUCCAUUUUGGCAAUGCAUCUGUCCAACAUUAUACACUGGUUCUCGUUGUGAAAGCAUAUCACUUGGAUGUUCGUCCAAUCCUUGUCGAACUGGUACUUGUGUAAGUCUUGCUAAUGGUGGCUAUCAAUGCAUAUGUCCAUCACUAUUAACUGGAACGAAUUGCGACAUCCCAACAUUACCUUGUGCUUCAAAUCCAUGUUUGAAUAAUGCCACUUGUUUAACAUUAUCUUUAGUCAAUUAUACUUGCAUAUGUCCACCAAUGUACACUGGUUUAACAUGUUCGCAACAAAUACUUAUUUGUCCCACGAAUCCUUGUCAAGGAAACUCCACUUGCAUUAUGAAUGCAAUCACAGGUCAACAAAUUUGUCAAUGUGCACCCGGAAGAUACGGCGUUUAUUGCGAAAUCAUUUCACCAUGUGGUUCCAGUCCAUGCAUCCGAGGAACAUGUCGUAAUCUAAAUUCAACGACAUAUCAGUGUGUCUGUGAACUUGGUUAUACAGGCGUAUCGUGCGAAAUACCCUACGACGUUUGUACGUCGGGUCCAUGUCAAAAUGGUGGCACUUGUCUCAACUUAGGCAGUGGAUUGUAUAGGUGUACAUGUCCAGUUGCAUUUACUGGUACGAAUUGCAAUAUUCCAGUUUGCAUGAGUGAUAGUUGUUUUAACGGGGGCACAUGUAUGGUUCAAAAUAGUACGUUGUUACGUUGUCAAUGUCCAUGUGGAUUCACCGGAUCUCGAUGUGAAACACCAUUUGAUAUAUGCACAUUAACAUCGUGUCAAAACAAUGGCACACGUAUUCUCAAUGCCACUGGAUGCCAAUGUACAUGUUUAUGUCCAGUAACAUUCACAGGAAGUGUUUGUCAAACACCAACUACACCAGUGAACACAACCUAUCCAGGUCAAAUUAUUAUUCCAAUUGAUCGACCAGGAGGCUCAACAUGGGAAAUUAUUGCACAAUGUGUCGAUCAAGUUUGGAACAGUUUAAAUGUCAUACUCGCAUGUAAUACUCCGUUUACAUUGCUCAGUCCGACAACAUUCUAUCCAUACUGUUAUCAAAUUAAUCAACAAGCAUCACUUGUGAGUCAAAUGAAUGCUAUUCAAGAUUGUAGUGAUAAAUCUUCUCAACUCGUUUGGUUCCAAUCAAAUGAUGAACUUCAACAACAACUAAUUCCAGCACUAUUUGCUCGUGGUUUAGCUCGAGAUUUUUGGACAAGCGGAAUUUUUAAUCCAACAUUGAAUCGAUGGCAAUGGUUAUUAGCAAAUAAUAAUACUCGUAUCGAUAUCGAUUCAUCAAUUCUCACACAAUUCGGAAUAACUUCAUCAAUGGGUCAAUCAAUAUAUUAUACAUUUGCACAAUUAACAAAUCGACGAUUAACGACAGGUUCAUCCUCCCAAACAUACUCGACACUUUGUAAAAUAUCCGCAACACGCAUUCCACUUGAUAAUCAAACUCGAGCUCUUCUCCUUGCAUCUCAACAAUAUGGAUACAUUAAUCAAACUCAAGUGAUUAUCUUUAAUUUCAACUAUACAAUUUUUUCAACAAUUCCAUCGAAUGUUGUUAUUCAACAGCCAACUGCAGCACAAUAUGCAGCAAUGUGUGGUGCAAUCGGUAAUCCAACAGCAUCAGUUGAUCCAUAUGUUAUCGAUAUAUGUGGCUAUUUUCCAUCGAUAACCGAUGGAAAUGUUCAAUUAUUAAUGCAAACAAUUUCUUCGUACUACACAUCACAUCGAAUGACAAUUCUCUCGACACAGAGUUACGUGGCAGUUCCAUUGAAAGUUGAACAUUAUACGACAAUAUCCGGUGAUUUGAUGACUCGAAUACGAUUCAUCAUUACAAGUGGCUCAUCAAUUGUUCUGGGUUCAAAUGUUGAACCGUUAGCAUCGAUUACUGAUAUACUUAGUACUGUCAGUUAUCGAAUCUAUCAACAAUGUACACCAUUUAUAUCGUUAAAUAUUCUUUUACCACUGAAACUAUGUAUUCCAUUGAAUGAAAUUUCACUAUGGACAAACGUCGUUGCUAAUGCAGUUUCAGCAGCGACUGGACAAUCGAGUGUUACUGUUAUGUUAAAAGGUGUUCAACCUGGUGUAACAUCAACAGGACAACCUGCAAAUACUGCAUAUUUUCUGAUCACGAUCAAUGGAAUGACCUACAAUCAAACUUCAACUACUAAUUUAACAUUGAAUCCAAUAUUACUUUCCACAAUUGCACAAGCAAAUAGUCAACUAUUGUGCUCAAAUCAGACACAAAUACUUCCAUUUCAAAACAGUAUCCAAGAUUUUUAUGUUUCAUGUCCAAUACCACAAAUACUUCAACGACAACUAAACAAUGCCUUACAACAAGCUGGAAUUUACACAAUUAACAUGACGAUCUUCGGUGUUGAAGAAGCAGUCGAUACUACGAAUCGUAUCUAUCGUCUACCAAAUAUCUAUAUUCAACAUCAGAAUGGCACAUGGUUUGAUGCUCCAUUACAAUUGAAUAGUCAACUAUAUCAAAUUUUGAUCUCUGUGCAAUUACAACGUCUGUUAACUCGAGUCUAUCGUCUAUCCAAAGCUUAUUCAUAUUUCUUUUCCAACUCUUUAACGAUAAACGAACGAGAUUAUCUACAACGAUUAAUUUUAGCAACAUAUAAUCAACAAAGUACAAUCGUUGGUAAUACUGCUAAAGUUCUACUUGAGGAUCCGUAUUUAAACGCCAGUUCACUUAAAACCAUUCAACGAGUUUAUACAUUUGUGUUCUUUAACGAUCAAGAACUUGACGGAAGAUAUUUAUCAAGUUUAAGUUUAUCUCCUGGACAAUUCACGAGUACAUUUUAUUCUCAAACUCCAUUGACAUUUAUCUCAAAUGCCCUUCCGAUUAAUGUUGUUAAACAACGUGAUGUGCAACAAAUAACUUUCACGGGAAAAAUUAGUCGAACAUUAGCGCAAACAAGUUUGGCAGAUUAUUGGCAAAAUCCAAUUCGACAAGGUUUAGUCAAUUCCAACGUUUAUAUUCUUCAACUACAACAAAACUUCGUCUAUUCAGCAAAUCAAUUUUAUACAACAAUAACGUAUGUCGUUGUCACAUCCGAUGGCUAUACAGUUCCAAGUGCAUGUUUCAAUCCGAAUUUCAUUCAACCAUUAAAUGGUUUAUGCGAUUCGCCGAAUAAUUACGUUUCACAAAUUCCUUUUAGUUACACCGCAUCAUUUAUUGAUCUCCGAGGAAACUAUCUUCAAGCUGAUCUAACUCAAGAUAAUUUUGCAUCAUUAAUCACUUCAGCAUUGCAGAGAACAGGAAUUAGUAGUACAGUUUCGUCAAUCUUAGUCGAACUACGAUUCGGUUUCGAUAUGUCACUGGUCACACGAGUUUAUUAUAUGGUUGUACCAAGUCAAGUUGUUGCACAAGACCAAAUCCAAGUUCAAUUAAAAUCAAUCUUUUCAACCAUGCAACCAAUCAAAUAUGAUCUAUAUCCAAGUGAACAGUCGUCAAUUGCUCGUAGUGAUGCUUUUCAAUAUAUAACAAAUGUCACUUUACCACUGUCAGCUGCUAUUCGUCAAGAUGUUGAAAAUUAUCUCACAUCAUUCAAUCGACAGUAUGGUGUGGCAAAAAUAGUCUAUGCAGAAACGAUCAUUGCGAAUCAAACUCGAUUUUAUCUUGUGUUUCUCAAUAAUACACAAAUACUCACUCGAUGUGAUUUUACUUUGUAUUAUCCAGGAGUAACAAAUCUAAAUAAUGGAACUGGUGGUCUUUAUAGUAUUUAUCUCGAACGAAAUGUUUUUGUUGCACAACCGAUCGCCUUAGCUGAUGGUCUUGUACAAAUUUGGAUGAACCAAAACAUCGGUAUACAGCCAGGAACAUUAAUGAUUCAAUUACAAAAUCAAUAUGAAUAUGUUUGUUCGGGAGGAAAGAAAUCAUUUCGAAUUGAUUAUAUUGUUCAAAGUCUUUCUACGAAUGUUAAUGUGAAUAAUUUAAUUCCGCCACCGAAUUCAGCGUUUGACCAACUUUACGGCAAGUUUGUAAACACAAGUCACUGUGUAUCGAAUCGAGCGUAUUGGAUAUAUUUAAUGGAACCACGACCAUCAAAUGAUGUUAUACGUACUGCUUUAGAGAACGCAUGGCGGCAAUCGAAUAAUAACUUCUUUAUUAAUGUUCCACCACAAAUGUAUUUCGAUUCGACUUAUUUAACUAAUAAUAAUCAAUCAUUAACACGUGUUACUUACACGAUCAAUCUCAAUGGUUCCGAUGUAUCAUCAUUAACUGUUACGCAACCAGCAAUGAAUUUAUUUAGUUUAUCGAAUUUAUAUACAAAUAUUCCUUACAAGCAGUUUUCGAUUUAUAUCGAUGGUAAUAAAGUGAAUUUAACCAGUUCAACAACACUGGCAAUGAUCAAUCAAGCACUAAGAACAAGUUGGUCAUUAGCUAAUAGUUAUCUUUUUUCAUCAAACGAUGUUUCCAUUCCAUCAAUAACUUCGAAUAUGUUGAAUAAUGGACAAACUAAAGUAGAUUAUAUGAUUGGCUUGCGUUCAGGUGAUAUUGGUGAUUAUUCUCAACCAUCUGAAAGACUCUAUACACAAAUAUUUAAUCAAACGGGCUUACAAACACUAGUUUACACACGUUAUAUACCAACAAAAGAUAAUAGUCAACUGAUUUUCACAAAUAACGAAUCAACAAACGUUCCAUUUUAUCGUCGUACUGGUCUAUUUUUUGGACUUGAUUGGUGGAUUAUCUUAAUUCUUGUUGUGAGCAUCUUGACAGUUUGGUUAAUUAUCUGUCUGAUAUGUUAUGCUUGUUGCCGAAGACGUGCGCAAAAUUCUUCGUCCGUAGUUGUUCAAGAUAUUCAUCAACUAGGAAAAUCUGAACCUAUGUACGCCAUGAGCGCCGCUCCGUAUACAUUAUCCAAACGCUCCAUAUCAGUUAUUGAUUUGAACGAUCAACCAUCCACAAUAGAAUUUCGUCGACCACGACGUGCAACAAGAUCAGUCUCACCUUCUAAUAGUUUUCGAUACAUUCUACCUUUCAACUCUCAUCGAGAACAAAAACAACGUAACUACGAACCAACUUCGUUGGGAAAUCGACAAGAUGUGCCCAUAACUGUAACGAAGAGUCCAAUGUAUAGUGAAGAUUACUUUUAA